AUGUUGAAUCAUACACUGUUAUCUCCGUACGGCAGCGUGACUGGCGAGGCCGUGAUGCAGCUCGAGACACCUCCGUACAUGGGGCCUCAAACAUUUACGAUUGCGCCGGCAACACCGGAGUCCACUGCGCCUCUUGGAACGCCAAAGGGAAUAGACAUGUUUCUUAGAGCCACAUACCGAGAAGAGACAGACUCCCCUGGCGGAGACCUUCUGCCGUCACCGUCACCAUGCACAGACAAGGACGGCAAUGACGAUGUACACAUUGAUGAUGUCCCAGGAACGUCAACUCAAACCCAACAAGACAGACAAUUUUCCAACAAGAAGCCUCCCUAUUCAUACGUGGCUCUCAUCACCAUGGCCGUCGAGAGUUCCACUACAGGCAUGAUGACUCUCAACGACAUCUACAACUACAUCAUCAAGAGAUUUCCCUACUACCAAGACAACCAACGGAGAUGGCAGAACUCCAUCAGACACAACCUGUCCCUCAAUGAUUGUUUCGUCAAGGUGCCCCGACCUCCAGGCAAACCAGGCAAGGGUAACCUGUGGGCUCUGCAUCCAUCUUGUGGGGACAUGUUCGGUAACGGUAGUUUCCUUCGUCGUGCUAAACGUUUCAAGUCAGGACACAAACAACGACAAGACGACGCGCUGAUUGAGCGGUUCACAGCAUAUGGAAAGCUUGGUCUUUACCGGGGUCAGUCCCCCUACCCAGGCUUCAACCCCCUAUCUCUUUCCCCCUUACCCCAGGGACUGGCCCAGACACACCCCAGCACAAGCAGGACUGACCCCAGUACCUGGACUAUGGGAUCUCCUUCACUCUACUCUCCAUCAUCCGGCUACUACAACGCCAGCAGCAUCAACAGCUCCCUGACCGGCUCCCCUCUCUCCAGCACUCCCCCAGGACAUCAAACGGCCUAUAUGCCACAGAUGCCCUCUGUCCAGUCGAGAAACCCGCCUCUGCCAGGGACAUACAUCCCAGAAUCACCGAACUCCAGUGCUAUUCAGAAUUUGUAUAAUUAUUCCUCUCCUCAGUUCUAUCCAACGUUCACAGGAGCUGCUCUGAAUAUGUCUUUUUUCGGGAUGUCGAAGUGA